AGGGGGGAGCCUGAGGGGCCUGCAGUCUCCGGUGCUCACUUGCCUGGCACCGGAGGGCGGCCCUUUUCCAUUCGGAGAGGGAUCCCAAGGCAGGGAGGACAAUCAAAGGAAAGUUAUGGGGUUUUCACCUUCCACGGCGCAGGGGAAGGGAGGGGCUGGAUUCCAGAUGUUUGACAGUUGUUGGCCCAAGGGGGCAGCAGAGCUUCCCCGUCCUUCAGCCACGCGCUCCCUCCCCGAAGCCCCGACAGUGCCCGGGGCGAGCGGGCCGGCGGAGCGGGCUUCCCCGGCGCAGCCCGCGCCCAGCCUCCGCACGCGCCCGGAGCGCCGUGCUCCCGCCCAGGCGCACUUUCGCAAAAAAAGUUUGUCUUCCCGCCGCCCGCAGCCCGACCCGCACGCGGCAGUCUCCCGCGAUUCGGGAUGCUUCGGGACGCACUUGUACCCCGCGGGCCAUGCAUUUUACUGCUAGACCUUUCACAGUCAAGGCCCGGGAGCCCGGGCUGCGGACGGGACUCUCGUUCCCGCUCGAGAAGGGCACGCGAGGAGCCGGCCUGAGCCGAGGCGCGGGCAGGGGUCUGACGCGGAUCGCAGCCCCGGAGCCGCCGCUCACCCCCGCCCCCCCUACCCCCGACGCGUCCUCCCCCAGGGGCGCCCCACGCCGCUGCCCGCCCCGGCACCCCGGAGGGCGAGCAGCUGCCUGGCGGCGCCACCUCGCCUCGCCGCGCGCGGGCUCUCACUCACCGUGGGCUUUUACCUUCAGCCCGCGGCCCUGUCGGCUCCUGCGCCGGAUCAGCCGCAGCCGGCGCCGGAGGAGGAGGACGAGCCGGGGGCCGGACGGGCGACGCUUGCGGAUCCACGCGGCGGGCGCGGAGCGAGCGGCGAGGGGCCAGCGCGCGCGGUCUCCACGAGCGCGGGGGCGAGCGAGCGCGGAGUUGGAGCUCCAGCCGCCGCCGUUCCGAAGUAGCCCCCACAGGCGCCCAGCGCGCGGCUGUCGCGCGGGGGCGCCGACCGGGGACCCCUGGCGGCCGCCCGCGGAAUGGCAGCUCCGUGAAGUCAGGUCGCCUGGAGGCUCAUCUUGCCUCCCGCAGAGCUCCUUAGUACAUGCCGAUUGGGGAGUACCAAAUGAGUAGGUACUGGAUUUUACAAUUCUGACUACACACUUUAAAGAGAAACUAAAGCCAAACACUGAGAUCCGACUCUGCCCUUGGAGAGCUGACUCACGGUCCAGAGUACUGAUGAGCAAGACAUGCACGCGGUGAAGAGGGCAUUCAGUUCUAAUCAAUAAAUAUUAAUGGAACCAUCUCUGCCUCUCUCCUGGCGUUUCAGCUUUGCCUGUGGGAGGAGAGAACUUUCAUCCCACUUUUAUCCCCUUAGUGGCGAUUUCCCCAGGGAGGAAUGGUAAAUCUUGUGACUGGGAGGGAGCCACCCAUAUUUCCUGGAUAAUUUUCAUUAGUGAGAGGGGUCAUUGUAGUGAAUAAUACCCCAGUUCUUGCCCAUUCUCUCCUAGCUUCUCUGCCUAUGACCUGGUGUGCUAGAGAAGGAUGGGUCCACCUUCACAGUGUGCUCGGAAGGGCCAGCAUUUAGAUUCAAGCCCUCCUUGGUCCUCCUGCAUCUUUGUGUGGUCAGGCUACUACAACAAAGCCUGGGGGCUUCCCAAGAGCAGAAAGGGGUUUCUCACAAUUCUGGAGGCUGAGAAGUCUAAGAUAAGUUGCCAUCAGAUUCAGUGUUUGGUGAGGGCUUGCUUUCCUCUUAGACAAUUUUUCACUGUGUCCUCACAACGCAAAAGGGGGCAGGAAGCUUUCUCAGGCCUCUUUUAUAAAGACACUAAUCCCAUUCAUAAGGCAUCCUCCCUCAUGACUGAUCACCACACAGAAGUUUCAUCUCCCAAUACCAUCACACUGGGCCAUAGGAUUCAACAGAUGAAUUUGGGGAGGGCACACACAUUCCAUCUGUAGCGUCCCGGGCUACACCUCCUUCUCCAGUCAGGCUUUUAUCAGAACCCUGCGUAGGUGUUACAUAACAAACUGGCUCCGGCACAAAUUGAACAAGAUGCUGUUUCCCACUGGCUAUUAUUCCUUAUGUCUAUGGUUCUUUGCUUGUAGGGAAAAGCAAUCUGAAGGGAAAGACUAGGGGAAGGAAAGGAUUCAGGUACCAGGAGUCCACCCAACCUACACCAUCCUCUCCCUCAAACGUGCUCCCCUGCUGUCUUCCCCAUCUCAGUGAAUGGCCUCUCCAACCUUUCAUUGGCUUAAAGCCCCAAACCAGAGGAUCCUCUUUGACUUUUCUCCUUUUCUGUUCCACUCCUAAUCUAACAACACAUCUCAUUGGCUUUAUUGACAGACCUCUUUCCACCACCUCAGACCAAGCCACAAAUACCUGUAGCUAGUAUUACUACAAUAACCUUCUGUCCCUCUUUCCACCUUGUCCCCCCAUCUGUGCUAUUCUCAAUAAACCAGCCAAUGUGAUUCCAGUAAAAGUGUGUCCUAUUUUGUCAACUUGCUACUCCAAAUCCUCCUUGGGCUCCUCUUCCAAAUCUACUUAAAAUUAUUAUCACCUUCCCCUUCUAACACUCCCUUAUCCAUAUUCCCUGCUCCAAUUUCUCAGAAU